UUGCAAGUGUUGCAGUUUGUUUUCUUUCACAAAACAAUAAAGCAACAUAACCUGUAGAAAUGGGUGACGCUGACCAAGAAGCAGCAGAUCGGAGUGACGGUGAUGCUAAUAAAUCCGAUAAAUUGUUUACUCUGAAAAAAUGGAAUGCAGUCGCGAUGUGGAGUUGGGAUGUGGAAUGUGAUACCUGUGCGAUAUGCAGAGUUCAAGUUAUGGAUGCAUGUUUGCGCUGUCAGGCUGAAAGUAAGAAGGACUUCUAUGGACGUCAAGACUGCGUUGUAGUUUGGGGUGAAUGUAACCACUCGUUUCACUACUGCUGCAUGUCCCUAUGGGUGAAACAGAACAAUCGCUGCCCCCUUUGCCAGCAGGAAUGGUCUAUCCAACGAAUGGGAAAAUGAAAUGAAAUGUGCGAAAAUACCGGUCUCAUGAAUAUAGUCAUAAACAAAUUGUUUUUUAAAUAAACAAACAAACUCACACAUA